UAUGUUGAAUUGAUCUUGGCAAUUUUAGCUGCUAAUACUGCUCUCGAAGAAACAGAUCCAGCGAAAAAAAAGACAGUUUUUGAAGAAUUUAACACAAUAACGAGAGCUAUUUCAGAUAACACAUACGAUAAUCCCGAAAUAUUUAUAGUCAAGGCACACGCAAUUGAAGGAAAAAAUGCUUAUAAAAGUCUCCAAGCAUUGAAGCAUGCUGAAAGCAUGUAUAGAGAAUCAUGUGAUUCAAUUCCGCUUGAACUUUUCAAUAAAAAAGGCAAUAUGCUUUUUAAACUUG